UUUAUGUCCGAGUCGAUGUAAACACGUGUGUACAUAUUUACUCGUACUUCGUUCAUUCCGCGCGUUUGCUACGAAAUUACUCGUAUAAUUCGGAUAUUUUAUGGGAUAUUAUAUUUAGAAAAUAAUCUUGAGGAUUUUAUGUGUGAGAAAGUUACAGUUUUGGUAAUUUUUUAUCGUAUGUUGCUUUUAUUUGUAGUGAUUUGAAGAGUUAUAAAGAUACAAUGUCUUCUAAGGAGAUAGCAAAAAUAGAAAAAAGUGAUGGAAUUGAAAACAAAACGGAAAGUCUCUGUGGAAGCAAUGUCAAAUUACGACGAGAGCUCGGUUUGUUCUCAGCCGUAAACCUCAUACUUGGAGUGAUGAUAGGUUCUGGAAUAUUCGUGUCCCCAGCAUCUGCCCUGGAGCACUCCGGAUCUGUUGCACUGUGCCUAAUAGUGUGGACUGUAUCUGGAAUCAUAUCCUUAUUAGGUGCUUUGUCAUUCGCUGAACUGGGAACAGUUCUUGGUAAAUCGGGCGCCGAGUAUUCCUACUUCCAAGAAGCUUUUGGAAAAAUGCACAAAUUUUGGGGUCCAUUGCCCUCGUUUAUAUGUGCAUGGAUUUAUGUUGUCAUAUUAAGACCUGCUGAAGUAGCAAUUAUUGUGAUGACUUUUGCAGAAUAUGCAAUACAACCUUUUACUACGGACUUGCAAGCUGAUUAUAAAUCAAUGGCAAUAAAAUUAGGAUCUUUAUCAGCACUAUUUGUGAUGACGUAUAUAAACAUCACGAGCGUGAAGUUGUUCGUGAAGGUGCAGAACAUAUUUGGCGUGUGCAAAGUGUUCGCGUGUCUCGUCGUCAUCGGCGGCGGCAUCUACGAGAUCGCUAAAGGUAAUACAGAGAACCUAAAAAAAGGCUUCGAAGGCAGCACCACGAGCCCGGGCGGUAUCGCGCUGGCGUUGUACUCCGGCCUGUGGGCGUACGACGGCUGGAACAGCGUCACCGUGGUCACCGAGGAGAUCAUCAACCCCGGCAUCAACGUACCGCUCAGCAUAUCGGUGGCGGUGCCGCUCAUCACGUGCCUCUACGUGUUCAUGAACGUGGCGUACAUGGCGGUGCUGUCGUACGCGGAGAUGGUGUCCGUGCCCGCCGUGGCCGUGGCGUUCGGCGCGCGCGUGCUCGGCCCCGCCAGCUUCCUCAUACCGCUGGGCGUGGCGGUCGCCACCUUCGGAUGCGCUAUGAGCGUGCAGUUCGGGGUUACCAGGGUAUGCUACACCGCAGCGCGCGGCGGUCACAUGCUAGAGGUGUUUUCGUACGUCAAUAUGAAACAGAUGACGCCCGCGCCUGCAGUCGCUUUUCAGGCAAUACUUACAUCGAUAUUUAUACUGGUUGGCAACAUUAAAACUUUAAUAGACUUCGCAAGUUGGUUCCUAUGGUUUUUCUAUGGCUUAGCAAUGGUUGCCUUACUUGUAUUGAGAAAAACGCAAAAAGAUACACCAAGGCCGUACAGAGUUCCUACAAUAGUGCCGUGCUUCGUGUUGCUGGUAUCGAUAUUUUUAUCGAUAUUCCCAAUAAUACAUGAUCCGUCGAUGAAGUAUGUAAUGGCUAUUGGAUUUAUAGUCAUUGGAGUCGGAGUAUACACGAUGUUCGUGUAUUACAAAAUGACACCUACUAGACUAUUAAGAAAAUUCACAUUCCUUACGCAAGUGCUUUUCGAGAGCGUACCUCCUAGCAACCGUGAAGACUGAUUUUAAGAUUAUUUGCCAAUUUUGUACAUAAAAACUAGUGUUUAAGGAAUAAAAUAAAAUUAUACAAAGAUAAUUAUAGUUAUUAUACAAGA